UUUCCUCCUCCCAGCCCAGCCCCUGCCUACUCCCGUUUUAGUAAGGCGCUGGCCGCAGUCUGACAGGAACAGGACGGAGCCAAGAUGGCGGCGGCCGACGGCGACGAUUCGCUCUACCCCAUCGCGGUGCUCAUAGACGAGCUCCGCAACGAGGAUGUUCAGCUUCGCCUCAACAGCAUCAAGAAGCUGUCCACCAUCGCCUUGGCCCUCGGGGUCGAAAGGACCCGCAGUGAGCUUCUGCCCUUCCUUACAGACACCAUCUACGAUGAGGAUGAGGUCCUCUUGGCCCUGGCGGAACAGCUGGGCACCUUCACCACUCUGGUCGGAGGCCCCGAGUACGUGCACUGCCUGCUGCCACCCCUGGAGUCGCUGGCCACGGUGGAGGAAACGGUGGUGCGGGACAAGGCGGUGGAGUCCCUGCGGGCCAUCUCGCACGAGCACUCGCCCUCCGACCUCGAGGCCCACUUCGUGCCGCUCGUGAAGCGGCUGGCGGGCGGCGACUGGUUCACCUCCCGCACGUCGGCCUGCGGCCUCUUCUCCGUCUGCUACCCCCGCGUGUCCAGUGCCGUCAAGGCGGAGCUUCGACAGUACUUCCGGAACCUGUGCUCAGAUGACACCCCCAUGGUGCGGCGGGCCGCAGCCUCCAAGCUGGGGGAGUUCGCCAAGGUGCUGGAGCUGGACAACGUCAAGAGCGAGAUCAUCCCCAUGUUCUCCAACCUGGCCUCUGACGAGCAGGACUCGGUGCGGCUGCUAGCGGUGGAGGCGUGUGUGAACAUCGCCCAGCUCCUGCCCCAGGAGGAUCUGGAGGCCCUGGUGAUGCCCACCCUGCGCCAGGCUGCUGAGGACAAGUCCUGGCGCGUCCGGUACAUGGUGGCCGACAAGUUCACAGAGCUCCAGAAAGCAGUGGGGCCUGAGAUCACCAAGACGGACCUGGUCCCUGCCUUCCAGAACCUGAUGAAAGACUGUGAGGCCGAGGUGAGGGCCGCAGCCUCCCACAAGGUCAAAGAAUUCUGUGAAAAUCUCUCAGCUGACUGUCGGGAGAAUGUGAUCAUGACCCAGAUCUUGCCCUGCAUCAAGGAGCUGGUGUCAGAUGCCAACCAACAUGUCAAGUCGGCCCUGGCCUCAGUCAUCAUGGGCCUCUCUCCGAUCCUGGGCAAAGACAACACCAUCGAGCACCUCCUGCCCCUCUUCCUGGCUCAGCUGAAGGAUGAGUGCCCGGAGGUGCGGCUGAACAUCAUCUCCAACCUGGACUGCGUAAACGAGGUGAUUGGCAUCCGGCAGCUGUCCCAGUCCCUGCUUCCCGCCAUUGUGGAGCUGGCUGAGGAUGCCAAGUGGCGAGUGCGGCUGGCCAUCAUUGAGUACAUGCCUCUGCUGGCUGGACAGCUGGGGGUGGAGUUCUUUGAUGAGAAACUCAACUCCUUGUGCAUGGCCUGGCUUGUCGAUCACGUCUAUGCCAUCCGCGAGGCGGCCACCAGCAACCUGAAGAAACUGGUGGAGAAGUUUGGGAAGGAGUGGGCCCAUGCUACUAUCAUCCCCAAGGUCUUGGCCAUGUCUGGGGACCCCAACUACCUGCACCGCAUGACUACGCUCUUCUGCAUCAAUGUGCUGUCCGAGGUCUGUGGGCAGGACAUCACCACCAAGCACAUGCUGCCCACGGUGCUGCGUAUGGCUGGGGACCCCGUCGCCAAUGUCCGCUUCAACGUGGCCAAGUCCCUACAGAAGAUAGGGCCCAUCCUGGACAACAGCACACUGCAGAGCGAAGUCAAGCCCAUCCUAGAGAAGCUGACCCAGGACCAGGACGUGGACGUCAAGUACUUUGCCCAGGAGGCUCUGACUGUUCUGUCUCUCGCCUGAUGCUGGAAGAGGAGCCAACGCCGGCCUCUGGUGUCCAUCCUUCCCCCCCAGUCCCUCCCUCAGGGAGACAUUGGGGGGCCUUUGGCUGUCACUCCCUGUGCAUGGUCUGACCCCAGGCCCCUCCCCCAGCAUGGAUCCUCCCCUCCCCAGCCUGGGAAUCCGACUUCUCACCGUCCACCUCCCGAGGGGCUGAGGGGAGCGCAAGGUGGGACAGGGCAGAGAGACCUUGGGAGGAAGGGGCCACUCCCACCCACGCUGGGGGAGAGAUGUGAGCAUCCCAGGUCACUGGCUUCUGCUGCUGUAAUGGGGACUCCCUCCGUCAUCUACUUCUCCACCUCCCUUCCUUCCCCUCGGUGGUUUUUUUUGUGUCAACUGUGUCGUUUUUAUUCCUUUUUUUCCCCUUUUCACAGAGAAAUAAAGGUCUAGAAAUA